GGAGUGCCUUUGGGAUACUUCCUGCCAUAAGAAUGACAAUUACUGUACUACAACACUGGCACACUCUGGGGUAAAUUACUGAAGUGAAAACAACUGGUUUUGAGACCAGAGGAGACGUUGUCCGGGGAAACACAAUGCAGCGAUACCCCGGAGACUGUCAAUUACUGGACGUGGAAAGUAAAGGUUCGAGGCCGAGCCGUUGGAAAGCACCUCAGCCAUCUCUGGGGAAUGUCAAUUACUGUACGUGGAAACAACCUGCGGAUGGAAUCUACACGGUGGCCGUUCUCUCUGCCACUCAGCCAUUCCGCGAUUCUGCCAUUCCUCUGGUGAGACAAUUACUGUACUGGGAAGCAGGUCGCUCCAACGACCCGCGUCCAUGCCCUCCGCCGCCUUCUGGACUGGCUGGAGUCGUUAUAUAGAUCUAACCACAUUAUCUGACAGCGCCCUGGGCCAUCAACACUUGCCCAAACAGGAAAUAGCUGAUGUAUACUAUUUUGCGCACUGCCACAUCAGGAAGUUAUUGCCUGCGUCUCCAGUACGCCCCCAGCGUCAGAUGCAUGCGCUGGC